UGACUACUAAUGCCGUGUUCAUCGACGUUCCAAGUCAUCGAGACGUUCGAGCACAGUGCAUGUAAGCCGCAAUCGUACUCACCACAGCAAUGAUCACGCCGUGUUCAACAUAUCAUUGCUACGGCGAUGUUCGGAUCGUCACGCGAGAUACCCGGCUGCGAUCGUGUUUAUACCGGCUUUCUCGCCGAGUUCCUGGCACGCCGGCAUCGAGACUGUAGCCACCUCUAGUGCUACAGCUCUGCUUGAAGUCACUUCCCGUAAUCAGCUUGUUGAGAAGAAAAACGGGUGUGGCCAAGUGGAUGCUACUACCACAAUAUGAGCUUACAAAAAGCCGGAUGAAAGGAAGGGGUGAAACUUGAAAAAUCAAUAUGAACCAAUCGACAUUUAUUCAAUUGAAGCUUGGCGACAGCCAUCCCUUGUAUUGUGGCAAUACUGUGAACACUUCCAUGGUGGGCAACAGACGCUGAUCAUCAACUUCAUCCGGCGCCGACGUCAGUGGCUCCACACAAUCCAAUAGACAGUCAAGGCAGCGUCUCCGACUUCCAGCCAAGCCCUAUCAACAGCCAUGGUCCUCAACCUGCAAGGAACUUUCACCGCGCUCGUGACGCCCUUCACGGAGGACGGUAGCGCCGUGGACUACGCCAAGCUGCGGGAGCUUGUGGAAUGGCAGAUCCAGGAGGGCAUCAACGGUCUCGUGCCGAUGGGCACGACCGGCGAGUGCCCCACGGUCUCCCACGAUGAGCACGACCGCGUGAUUUCGGAGGUGGUGUCUACUGUCAAUGGCCGCGUGCCUGUGAUUGCCGGCACUGGCUCCAACAACACGGCGGAGGCUCUGCGUCUCACGCGUGCGGCUAAGGAUGCCGGUGCCGACGCCUGUCUGGUGGUUUGCCCGUACUACAACAAGCCUACGCAGAAGGGUCUGUACGCCCACUUCAAGGCCGUGGCCGAGGUCGGCUUGCCCGUGGUGGUGUACAACAUCCCCGGCCGGACCAACGUCAACCUGACGCCGCAGACGAUUGCUGAGCUGUCCAAGCUGCCCAACAUCGUGGCUAUCAAGGAGUCCACGGGCUCGCUGGACCAGGCAAUGGAGAUCGCUGCUUUGUGCGACAUCACCAUCCUGUCGGGCGACGACAACCUGACCCUGCCGCUCAUGGCCAUGGGCGCCAAGGGUGUCAUCAGUGUGCUCUCCAAUGCUUCCCCCAAGAAGGUGCUGGCCGUUACCGACCCGAUGCUCAAGGGUGACUACGCCGCUGCUCGCAAGGCUGCUUUGGAGAACAUCUUCCUGGUCAAGUCGCUCUUCAGCGAGGCCAACCCGCAGCCCAUCAAGAAGGUACUGCAGCUCAUGGGCAAGUGCACAGCUACUGUGCGUGCCCCGCUGGUGGAGUGCGAGCCCUCAACCAUCGAGAACCUCACCAAGCUGGCCAAGGAGCACAAGCUUAUCUAAGGCAAAUUGUAAAGCAGACCGUGGUUCUGGCUAAUCCAAACGUGCCGUAGCCAACUCUAUCUUGUGCCAAAAUGUAGAAUUGCAAGGGUUAAACACGUGCGUGUUCAAGUCUAUUCACUGCUAGGUAAGGAACUGCUAUCGAACCAACAUAGAUUAUUAACAAACUUCGGGGUGAGGACUGGAGACGCGAUCAAAACCACAAAACUCACUCACUCGUUGACCUCAGAACUGCAUCCCUUUCCUAGCACUGGGAAACCAGACGCCACAAAACUACCAAUCACUUGGUCUAGUACUUGCUGGCGUUGCUUGAUCUGUCACUCGAGGCAACACUGAAGCCACUGAUACGCGAGCUCUCGCGGCUGUACGGAGACAUGCCUGAGCUGUACGAGUCUGCGCUGGAGCGCGACGCUCGGAAGCCGUACGAGUCCACGGACACCUCGCUCUGUAGUCUCGACUGGUCCAUGGCCUCCGAGAAGCCAGUAGCACGAGAAUCCUCGGUGACACGGGACUCCUCCGUAGCGCGGUAGUCAUCAAAGCGCGACUCAACAGUGGCACGGUCUUCCGUGAUAUUGUAGUCCUCAGUGAACCGUGACUCAACUGUAGGGCGAGACGACAUGGAGAAGCCAAUGUCGCGGUUUGAGUCGUGCUCGCUCAAGCCCGUGAUGCGUGACGUGUUGUCCUCCGAGAAGCCGCUGACCGUGCUGAAUCCUCCGAUGCUGCCGAAUCCACGGGCCUUCAACUCAGCCUGCUCCAUCGAGUCCAGGCGGGAGUCCAUGCGAGAUGACUCCGAGUCGUUCCAGUCUCCUGGCUGCAGGUACUUGUUCUGUCUGGCCGACACAACCGAGUCACCGAAGUUGGACAUUGAGGCUUCGCUCUGGCCACCGGCAAUGGAUGACAACUCCGACAUGUUGCUCAUGCGGUAGGCGUCAAUCUCCGCCUCGUUCGAGUGUUUGGUCGCCCCGGCGGAAGCAGCAGCAGCGGCACCCGCAGCACCGUAGCUCGCCUUUUCCGAGUACCCAUCGGUGUCCAAACUGCUCUUGGGGAGCGAGUUCAAUGAGCUGCCAUUGCUAGAGUUGAGCUCCGAGCCACGCUCAGCUGAAGCCAUGAUGGCGACUGAGGAUUCCUCACUCAUUAUGUUGUCAGCAGCCUUGUCGUUGUUUCGAGCUGAGAUGUUGGCGACGUAUGUGAGGUCGAUCUUGCCGCCGUCGUGGCCGUGGAGUCCACUGUCGUCCAUGUCGCUAGCCAGAGAGGGCGAGUUCAGGUCGAAGGCUUUGUUAGCGUGCAUACGCUGCUCCUUACGACGACGCAUCACGAAGGCAAAGGCGACGACACCAACGAUACAGCAGCCAACCAGCGCGGCAAUUAUGAUCACUCCGUUAUGGCCGAGGAAGUCACCGCUGCCGUUAGAGGUCGAAGCCGACUUGACUGCUCCAGAGGAGCCUGUGUCCUUCUGCUGCGUCGUAUCAUCGGACGUAGUCGGAGCCGUGGUUGUCUUGGUCGAAGAGUCCGAGACUUGGGCCGAUUCGUCCGUGCCCGAGCUCUGCUUUAGUUUGGAUUCCUGCUCCGCCGAACUGCCAGAGUCGUUUCCAGAGUUGCUGUCAGGCGCACUCGUCGUGGUGUUGGUGCUGCCAGACGACGAGGCGGAAGAACCUGUGGAAAGCGACGGCGCCUGAGUUAGCGGCGGUGCAGUUGUUACGGGCGGAGCAGUGGUCGACCAGGUGGUCGACUCUGUGCCACUUGAAUCAGAAGUUCCUACGCUACCUGUAUUGGACGUCGACGAGGACGAGAUGGACGAGUCGGCGGACACGAUACUGAUCUUCUUGAAGACGAUGUAUUCCUCCGCUGCAAGGUUGAGCGAGGCAUCACCGGGCAGAGCGACAAUGCCCACAAUGAUGUAGUCGCCAGCCGUGGAGAGAGUGAACGUGUUGGUCUCAAGGGCCUUGGUGCCGUCAGCGGCGAAUGCUCCGGUGCUAGUUCCGUCCGCACCCGUAGGGGUUCCGCCCACGUUCGUGGCGCAGUUGGUUCCGGCUGUGCAGGCGAACAGUGACGACGUGGUCACGGCACCUGGGAGGCCUGUGGUUGCGUCGAUGGCGUUCGGGAAGAUGGCGUUGGCCAAGCCAGUGUUCGCCUUGGCCGUCCACUUGACGGUGAUGGGGUCACUCACGUGAAACUCGGAGGCUGUAAGCGUUAGCGUGACGCCUACGGGGCAGCGACCGACGUUGCUGGCCUCCAACGUGUCGAAAGCGAGCGUACCUACCGCCCCGUUGACGCCCAUGCAGUAGGUAGUGGAGCCGUCCUGCGUGAACCCGUUGUCAACGUCGACGGCCUGUGCCGCUCCGAGGAGCGCGAGCGCCGCCGCUGCGAACGCUGAAACGACCUUCAUCCUGCUAGUAAGUUUCUCGAUGGAAAAGUCUGUCGAUCCGGGCUGCUUUCCUGUAUAUUGAGGCUACCUACUGUUGCCAAUUUGCGGGCACUGCUCGACUCCUUCGAUCGGGUCGAGACCGUUUCCGCAGACAGCAAUGAGUAAAAGGCCGAGCAAUCUGGAAAUGACUUGCAUUCCCGACUCGCGACCUGGUCGGCACAGGAGAGGAGAGUCAGCAGCGCACCGGUCUCUGUAGGCGGCCUCUACUCUACGCCACGAAAAGCGCCCAGCUGGUUCUGCUGCAUUUUUGCCCCAACCUCGAAAACUCUGCCGAAAAACUCGUGUAAAGUUUGUGAGUCAAAUGGUCCGACGCAGCAUGGAGCGCCAAAUUCUAGCAAGCUGCGGACACUUUUUGGCAUGAGAUUUGACAUGAAUUUUCCGCAAUUUUAACACCUACUUGUAACAUUGACCCUA